AUGGUGACAGAACUAUCAGGUUCGCAGAAGACUAAAUCUUUUAGCUUAAUCUGCCACAAGGCGUUAUGGAAGAAGUUGAAGAUCUGCGGAUUCGGUAGAAACAGAACUUCCUCUACAAUUACCGCAGUAUUCGAAAAUAUCAGUUCACCGACAAGCAUUUACGACAUUGCAUUUAGAGAAACCUGGUCAAGCUUACCUAUAGAGCUUUUGUUGCUUGCAUUCUCCAACUACUCUGAGUUUGAUGAUGUUUUGUUAGAGAAGAAGAAACCGUCUCUCGAGUUCUUAGUUGUUCCGAAAUCCCCACAGUUACCGCCUUUCUUCCUAAGGAAACCUUCAAGCCGGAGUAGCAAAUGGUCAAAGAAAGAGCAACCAGGUGUUGAGCUCGUUGGUCCUGUUGUUCCACUUCCAGUCCUCCUUACAUUACACAAGUUCCGUAACGGUUGUCUGAAUUCAGAACAAGAGUACUCACCCGAAGCAGAGCUGUCUAACCGAUGCAGUCAAAACUCCAAAGUCACCCGAGAUAUUACAAACUCAGCGAAGCAGAAAAAGGCGUUCAUUGCUUAUAAUCCGAUCACGAAACCAGCUGAUUUCGAUCAACACCAGCAAGAACUCACGACGUUUGUUUCCAGAGUACGUAACGAUGGUUUUGGAGAAAGAACAUGGCUUGAAUUGUUCAAUGACAUGUCUCCGGUUGAGAUUUGCUUUGAAAAUCGGACUGCGGAUUUCGAUAAAACUUUGUUUACUUCAAAAACGCUUCUCUCAAGAGUUUCUUUCUCAGUACCAUCUCCAUAG